AUGGAGAAAAAGAUAGUGCGCAAAGGGCCGCUGCCUGGAGGUCGCCAGGGCGCGUCUGGAGCUGGCGCUGGACGCGACAGCAUGCGGGCCGCCAGCCGAGCGCGGGGUGUUGCAAGACCACCUAGCAGCCCCCCGCAUCCAUCAUCCCCACCAGAAGGCUUGGUGUCGGCUGGGUCUUCUCGGACUCAGCAAGCGGCACCCGCCGCUGGUGGAGCACGUCGCAUGCGUUGGUCUAAAUCAAUGAAUGAAAACGCACUGCGGGCGUAUUUUAGGGCAAAAGGGGAAGAAACUGGAUGUUUGGCGUAUCGGGCUCGGAUGCAUCGCUUUUUUGCAGAGCUGGAGCCAUCUCUAUCCGUCACUGAGCAAAACCUGGCAGACCGAGUUAGGUACAUCCUGCGCUCCAACAUAUUUGGUGACGCCGAACUCGAGCGACUACGACGUGAGGCUAUUCCUUCAUCGAAUGGAAAUGCUACUGCUGGGAAUGCGGCGCCACUAGAUGCGCAACAAACUGCAUAUGUUGAUGCUGCCGUCAACAUUCCAUUUGUGGCUAAUUCAGACGAUGAUGGAAUAGUCUCCCACGAACUAGAGAAAAUGAGGAGCAUAUUGGAAGAGUCGAUGCUGGAAACGCGCAGCAUGCCUCUCGAAAAUCGACCGCGACUUCCCCGCAUACCCCUUAGCAAGCGAAAUCGGGCUGUCGUGCGGGCUCUUAACCCAAUGCUGGUGACCUAUUUGGAAGCCAGCCGGGACCUUUGCGAGACGGAUUCAAUUCUUUUUGGCGCCGCACUGGCAGUAUGCCGUAUUAUUGGCGCCAAACUUCCCGUGGCUGGACGUGCUACUCAAAAAAGUAGCGCCAUCCCAGCCUGGAGAAAAAGAAUUGAGGACCGUAUCGCAAAGGCAAGGGCCCUCAUCGGCAGACUGACAAGCUUCAGGUCGGGUAAUAAUAGACCGAGGAUUAUGCGCACCGUUAGGAUGGCGUUUGCUGGGACAAAUAUCAAUUUGUUCCAGCCGGAUAUCACGCAAAAACUAACGGAGCGCAUAGAUGACCUGAAGCAAAAAAUCGCUGCUUGGGGGAAGCGGAUUCGACGAUUUAGCGAGAGGUCAAGGCGGUUCAACCAGAAUCGUCUCUUCCAGAGUGAUCAGAAGAGGCUCUAUAAAUCAUUGGAGCGACCAGAGGUAUGUGGAGCGGGCCCAGGACCGGAUCAGGCUGACACUGUCGCAUUUUGGCGUGGCCUGUGGUCAGAGCCCGUAAACCACAGCGAGGGCCCUUGGAUGGAAGUUGUGGCGAGCCAGAGUGCAAGUGUUACGCCUAUGGACCCCCGUCACCAUAACGCCUGA